UAGUCUUCACGUCUUUUAUGGUGAGUACAAAAGUGUUUUUUUCCGCCGAAAAAUCCGAAAAUUUAAAAGAAAUCGAAUUCUUUCAAAAUCUUUUUAUCUCAGAGAUUUCAGUCUCCUAAUAGGAGUUAAUUUCUAUUUUUUUUUUUGUCUAUAAACAACGUGUGGGUUUAUUAUUUACCAUGUAACAGCGGCGGUGGCAGCGGCUUUGUAUGUUCUUUUUCUCUCUUUUUCGCUUUUAUAUUAAUGGGUUUUCGUUUGAGUUGGAUUUUCUUAUGGUUCUAGAGCUCCGAUUAUUUGUUCAAAAAUUUAUCAUGGUAUUGCAAUUUCAAAUUGAUGGCAAUUUGAAUCCAUCAAAAGGCAAUAUGGAUCCGUCAAAAUUUAAGCGACGAAGAGUCUCUGCUGUUCGGGACUAUCCUAUACAGGCUCACGUCCACCCAUGCAGUUGCUUUCCUGUUUCAAGAAAGUACCCACCUUCAAAAAUUCGGAAAGGGGUUUCUGUCAAGCGGGAUUUUCCUGUAAAGCUGGAUGCUCCUGCUGCUCUGAGAAACUCCGUGUCAUCUAAGGCUUCUGUUGCUACUAAUGGUGAUGAUAUUCAUGCUUGCACAAAUGAUGUUAAGGAAUCCAACUUGCCAAUGGUUGUUUGGGAAGAGAGAAGUGAAUUGGAUGAUUCUAUUGCAAUUAAUAUUCAUCUGUGCACGGAUAUUAGGGAUGACAAGCCAUCUAGUGUUCCUAAUAUUGCUAAUGCAUGUGAUGGUUAUGAAUGCUUAAAAUCUAUCAAAGAAGGUUUUGAGGAAUCCUACCCUUCAAUGAACAUUAAGGGUGAGCAAUGUGCAGUUGAUAUCCCUGUUGCAAAUAACAUUUAUGCUUGCAUAGAAUCUAAGCAAGAAGGUGUACGGGCCAAUGUGUUAAUCAACAUCGGGGAUGAUCCGUGUGAAGCUGUUGUAACCAGUUUUGAUGACUAUCAAUUAGCUUUGAAGGAUGAAAAGAGUAAGAAUCUUGUGUCUCUUACCAAAGAAGUGAGCUCAUUAAUGCUUUCAGAUGAGCGAUGUUCGGAUUCCCCAUUUGGCGUACAUAUUUUCCACACAGCCUAUAAUGAUGAUGAAGAUUAUAUGAAAGAGCAUGAUUCCCAAGCAGCCUUUAGUGAUGAUGUAGUUAGUGUCAAAACCACUUUGGCAGAGGAACUGAGGUCAUUAAUGGUUUCAGAUGAGCGAUUUUUGGAUUCCCAGGUAGCCUUUAAUGAUGAUGAAGAUUGUGUGAAAGAGCAUGAUUCCCUAGCAGCCUUUAGUGAUGGUGAAGAGAGUGUCAAAACUACUGACAAAAAUUCUCAAGUUGACCUUAGCAAUUAUGAGGUGUUCUCUAACAAUGAGUUCAGAAAUGAUUGUGACAAGGUUAAGCAGAUUAUUAAUCAUUUUAGACACGUUUACAACAAGCUCUUACAGGUUAAGUCAGGGAAACUUAGGAGUGGCCUUGCUGUUGAAGCUGCUAUAAUUCUUCAAAAUCAACAUAAGUGGAUCAAAAGAAAUAAGCAGUUUGGCUCUAUCUCAGGAGUUGAAAUAGGUGACUACUUUUGUUGGAGGGCUGAAUUGAAUAUAAUUGGCCUCCAUUGUCGAAAUGUUCAUGGCAUAGAUUUUAUGAAAAUGGAUGGAAAAAAUCUAGCCAUAAGUGUUGUGGACUCCGGCCGAUACGACAAUGUUUUUGAGUCAAACAAUGAAGAGUUUCCAGAUACCUUAGUUUAUUUAGGGGAAGGUUCAAAUCCAAAGGUUCAAAGUAAGAAAUCUAUUGAGGAUCAAAAGCUUAGAGGUGGUAACCUUGCUCUGAAGAAUAGUGUAGAAGCAAAAAAUCCUGUAAGGGUUAUUCGUAAGAUUUUCUUUAAACGUGGGAAGGUAGAAAAGCGCAAAUAUAUUUAUGAUGGGUUGUACUUUGUUGAUAGUUAUCGACAAGAAAUAGCAUCAUCUGGCAAGCUUGUUUUUAAGUUUUUGCUGAAGAAAUUUCCUAGCCAACCAAAACUUGAUUGGAGAAAAUUGGUUAGGGAACUUGAUUGUAUGAGUUAUAAUUCUGAAGGCAAAGAGAGGUCACCUAUUUGUGCAGUGAAUGCUUUGGAUGAUGAGAAGCCCCUAAUCACUGAUAAUAUUUCUCAAGGUGAAGAGAGGAUACCUAUUCGUGCAAUAAAUGCUUUGGAUGAUGAGAAGCUUCCGAUAUUUAAUUAUGUCACCAGUGUGACAUAUCCGGAGUCCUAUUGUCCUUCAAUGAUUAAUGAUGGUUGUGAUUGUAUUGAUGGAUGCUUAGACUAUGAUUAUGAAGAACGCCUUUUUGAGGCAAAGCCCCUUAUUGUUGAGUGUGGACCUUCUUGUAAGUGCUUCACCUCUUGCCUUAAUAGAGUGAGUCAAUGUGGAAUUCAACUUCCUUUAGAAGUUUUUAAGACUAAAGCAAAAGGAUGGGGUGUUAGAUCACGGUCUUUUAUUCGACGUGGAUGCUUUAUAUGUGAGUAUACAGGUGAAAUCCUUCGAGACAAGGAAGGUGAACAAAGGAUAGGUAACGAUGAAUACUUGUUUGAUAUAGGAGUUAGUUACGGUGAUCAUUCUUUGAGAGAUGCAAAUUCUCUCGGUUCAUUUGAGGGAAAUGAAUGUUUCACUAUUGACGCCGCUCGAGUGGGGAAUGUGGGACGAUUCAUCAAUCAUAGUUGUUCUCCGAAUCUUUUUCCUCAAAGUGUUCUCUUUGAUCAUGACAACAAAAGAAUGCCACAUAUUAUGUUAUUUGCUAUGGAAGAUAUACCACCAUUGAAUGAGUUAACAUAUGACUAUAAUUAUGAAAAAGGUGGAGUUUGUGAUGCAAAUGGUAAUAUCAAGAUCAAGCAUUGCUAUUGUGAUUCUAGUGAUUGCACCGGGAGAAUGUAUUAGGUAAGAUGUAUUCUUCAUUCGUGAAUUAGACCUCAUCAUGCAUGGGUUGAGAAACAUUUAUUCUGAAUUUUUAGUUUAUUUGAUGUGUUGUAUUUUUAAAAUUUUUUAUAUGAAUAUAAUAAUAUAAAAAAAUAUAAUACGGGCGGGUUAGGUUGGAUUUAGGUUUUAGUAUUUUUAUUCAAGUUGAGUUUGGAUAACAUUGUAAGUUCAUUUUUUGGGUCAGGUUAGGCUUAGAAAAUAGGCAUAAAAUUAUGUUGAGGCUUGGCUCAAACUUAACUUGACCUAUCACUUCCACUUUGAAUAUUGGUAUGCCUCGUUAAGGUGAACAAUUGUCAUUGUUACUAUCUACCUUUGCCAGUUUCACAUGUGAACAAACAUUUUAUUUAAAACACAUAUAUUACAUAUACGAGAGGUAAUUCUUGGAGAAUGAUCUAUCUUUUUGCAAAAGGGUAAGUAAGGGUAUUCAUAUUUUGGUUAAAAUUGAAUUAAUUGAUCGAAUCGAUUUAAUUUAAUUAAUUGGUCGAUGGUUGAAUUUAGUUCAGUCAGAAGUUAAUUAAUGAUUUUUAAAAUUUUGGUUAUCGGUUAAAUUGAUUUGAAAUGGGUAAUUAAUCAAAUUAACUAAUUAAUCGAAAUAAAUAAUAUAUGUUAUAUAUAAUUGUUGACUUCUUGUUUGGUUAACUUUUAAGAUUUAUGUAGUGUUUCUAAUAUCUUAUUUGUUUUCACUAUUAAUAGUAAGAUAAAUUUGUAAUUUUAAUAUAUUUAUUUUGGUUAAUUAUUGAAUAAAUGCUAUUAAAUUUGUUAUUUUCUUAUCGUGAAUAAAGUUGGUGUGUUGGAUUCAAACUCUUACAAUAAAGGGGCUAAAUUGAAACAAAAAGCAAAGAGGAGGGUUUGAUUGAAAGAUUGAAGAUUCAAAGAUGACUGAUAAAGAUUGAAGUGUUGAAGGUUUUUUUUUAAAGUGGCUGGAUAAAGAUUGAAGGAUUUUUGAUAUUGUUACAAUUCUGUAAUUAGUUUAAAUUUGAUUUUUAAAAUUUAAAUUAUUUAGUUAUAAUAUUUAGGAAAAAUCUAGUUAAAUUUUAGCACUAAAAUUGUGUAUAAAUACUUAGUGAUUAUAGUCAAUUUCACACACUUGGCUUUUGGAUUAAUCAAA